AUGUUGGGGAAACAAAAGGAAAUAGGCCAAAGCACAAGGCGGGUUGCGAAUCAGGGAAAGGCAACAGUGCUUGCUCUCGGCAAGGCCUUCCCCAGCAAUCUUGUUUCUCAGGAUAAUCUCGUGGAGGAGUAUCUCCGCGAAAUCAAAUGCGAUGACCUCUCCAUCAAACACAAGCUGCAGCACCUGUGUAAAUCCACAACUGUUAAGACACGCUACACGGUCAUGUCCCGGGAGACGCUGCAGCAAUACCCUGAGCUAGCAACCGAGGGUUCCCCAACCAUCAAACAGAGGCUUGAGAUUGCAAACGAGGCGGUUGUGCAAAUGGCGUAUGAAGCCAGCUUGGCUUGCAUCAAGGAAUGGGGGAGGGCAUUGGAAGACAUCACUCAUCUUGUCUAUGUUUCCUCCAGUGAGCUCCGUUUGCCCGGAGGUGACCUUCACCUCUCCGCACAGCUGGGCCUUGGCAACGAGGUGCAGAGAGUGUUGCUGUAUUUCUCGGGAUGCUACGGAGGCUUGAGUGGGCUCCGCGUGGCCAAAGACAUUGCUGAGAACAACAGAGGCAGCCGGGUGCUGCUCACCACCUCUGAGACCAUGGUUCUCGGGUUCCGCCCGCCCAACAAAGCUCGCCCUUACGACUUGGUGGGAGCUGCUCUCUUUGGAGACGGAGCAGCUGCCCUGGUCAUCGGAGCAGACCCAACGGAGUCGGAGUCUCCUUUCAUGGAGCUUCACAGUGCGCUGCAGCAGUUCUUGCCCGGGACGCAGGGGGUGAUCGAUGGGCGGAUGUCGGAAGAGGGCAUAAGCUUCAAGCUAGGAAGAGACCUCCCUCAGAAGAUCGAAGACAACGUAGAGGACUUCUGCAAGAAGCUGGUGGCCAAGGCAGGCUCCUCGGCCUCUGCUUCCCUGGAGUUGAAUGACCUCUUCUGGGCAGUUCAUCCCGGAGGACCGGCCAUCCUGAACGGCCUGGAGGCGAGGCUGAAGCUGAGGCCGGAAAAGCUGGAAAGCAGCAGAAGGGCGUUGGUGGAUUAUGGGAACGCAAGCAGCAACACCAUCUUCUACAUAAUGGACAAAGUGAGGGAUGAGUUUGAGAAGAAAGGAGGACCCGAGUGGGGUCUGGGCUUAGCUUUCGGACCUGGAAUCACCUUCGAGGGCUUUCUCAUCAGGAGCCUCUUCUAA